CAACAAGCACAGCAGGGAAGUCAUAAGACUUCCUUUUUCACAAAGGUCGUUACACGUACCAAGCUGGCUGAGAUCUUUUGGCCAGCAGCAUGGGGCGGCUUGAUGGGAAAGUAAUACUUCUGUCUGCUGCAGCACAAGGGAUUGGAAAAGCCACUGCUAUCGCUUUUGCUAAAGAAGGAGCCAAAGUCAUUGCUACAGACAUCAAUAAGACUAAGCUGCAAGAACUGGAGAAGUAUCCAGGCAUUCAAAUACGGGUUCUGGAUGUCACCAAAAAGCAAGAGAUAGAAGACCUGGCAGAGGAAAUUGAAAGGAUAGAUGUCCUCUGUAAUAUUGCAGGGUUUGUUCAUCAUGGGACCAUUCUGGAUUGUGAAGAACAAGACUGGAACUUUACUAUGAACCUCAAUGUUCGCAGCAUGUAUCUAAUGAUCAAGACAUUCCUUCCUAAAAUGAUUAAACAGAAAUCUGGAAAUAUUAUAAAUAUGUCUUCUGUGGCAUCCAGCAUGAAAGGAGUGGUGAACAGAUGUGUAUACAGUACUUCCAAGGCAGCAGUUAUUGGUCUAACAAAGUCUGUGGCUGCUGAUUUCAUUGAGCAAGGGAUCAGAUGCAACUGUGUAUGUCCUGGAACUGUUGACACACCAUCUUUACAGGAAAGAAUCAAAGCCCAGCCCAACCCAGAUCAGGCACUGAAAGAUUUCCUAGCCAGACAGAGGAUUGGCAGGAUGGCUACUGCUGAAGAAGUGGCCCAUCUCUUUGUGUACUUGGCUUCUGAGGAAUCUGCCUACAUGACUGGCAAUGAAGUUGUCAUUGAUGGAGGAUGGAGCCUGUAAUCAACUCUACCUGCAGAUGGAAAUCCAUACAAUGAAAGGCAAAAAGUGAGGAUCAUGUUUCUCAGUUAAGAGUUUUCAAAGUUUUAAAUCAUUUAUAGGAUGUAUUCUAGAACAAAUUUGGUGCAUUUUUAUGGUUAUGUGGUCUCAUUCUACGUCUCGGUCUUGUUUUAAGCAAAUCUAAAUGAAAGGAAUUAAUGCUAUCAUUAUUCUCAGCCUAGAAAAUAUUUAGAAUUUAAACAUUCACAAUUCUUAGCAGCAUUAAGAAAUUAUCCAGAGAAAACAGACUACUUUUAAAGCAGCCAAAAAAUUAUCAAGUUAAUAUUAAUUUUAAACAACAGAAGAAAGCAGAAGUGGUAUAUGUGAAGGUUGAAAUGAUUUUGUUACUCAUGACAGACAUCUACUUUUAGAGAACACACUAGAUCUUGCAAAUUAUACCUGAAAAUCUAUCCUGCUUUGCAGACUUUUGUUUCUGCUCAUUUCUAUCGUUAGCAGGAUGGUUUUUGAAAACAGUAAUGACUAUAGAAAAAUAGUUUGUAUUGGACUGUUGAAAAGAAUCUGACUUGAGACUGACAUCCAGAAUAGAAGGUGCAAGACUGUCAGAGACACUGGAUUUACAGUGCAUGGGCAGAAGAAAUUCCUGCACAUACAGUAAGGAGUCAGUGUACAUGCACAGCUGUUUUCUGCAACUACCAUAUCCAUUUUCCCAUACACUGGACAAGUUAGACUGUUGGAAUUUUGAACAACAAGAAAUCAUAGCCCAAAAAGCUAUGACCAUUAGAAGCAGUAGGACUGGCUGCCUUGUAGUUCCACAGUGUUUUUUGUUUAGGCAUAUGAAGAUUAUAGACAUUGUCUUUGUGAAGCAGAGAUGAUAGAAGAUAAAUCGUUAUAAUGGCUGUUCACAGAAUCACAGAAUGGCCAGGAUAGGAAGGAACCUCAAUCAUGAAUCUCCAAUCCCCUGCCACAUGCAGGGCCACCAACCUCCCCAAACUAUUUCAUUAGUGGCAUAUUCACUCUUAAAAUGGUUUUGAAAAUAUCUUAUCUUUUUCUUCUGUUUUUCAUGUGCAGAACACUAUUCAAGAAUAUCACUCUGAUAGACGUAUAUGUGUAAGCAGUGUUCUUAGAUACACAUGUGAAUUUUCCAGAAUGUAUUUUACUUCUGGUAUAAAGCAAAAGGAGUGAGAUUUUUACCACUCUAGAUAGAGCAAAUAUGUUCCUCUCCCAGAAGGAUUUACUAGUGAAUGUACGAAUACAGGACAAAUAUUAUCAAUUCUACAGAUUAGGUUCUGUGCUUAGAUAUUCCAUUGCUUGACUCUCAGACAGAAACAUAGUUCUUGCUAAAAUUAAAACUAAACUUCUCUCAAAAUGAUUGUAUCUACAAGAGUUUGUAUUGAUAUUUUUAUCAUAGUAGCACAAUGGAGCUUUGAUUUACGAAUUGGAAACUGUCAUGGUAAGGAAUCAUACUGAGAAGAAGAAAAAAAAAAAAAAAAAGCAUGACCCAAAGACCUAAGGCAAUGAAUAAUCUGAAUUCCAGAACUAUCUGUUACACUAACAGUUAAAAUUGACAUGAAUGACAUGGACUGAAUUCCUAUAAAUAUGGCUUUUUGUUUGAGAAUGAAGCUAUAUGCCAUUUGUUUUUUUCAUAUCUAUGAAAAAUAUGUAUGAAACUCAUACACAUAUAGGGGAAGAAUUAAGAGAUAAAUGCUACUGAGUAUUAUUGGUCAUUAAAAAGUGGGAAAAACAUGUACUCGUUUUUGUAACAGUGACACGUUUUUAAAUGACUGGAGUUCUUCAGUGUUUGGUAAGGCAUUAAUAGAAAUUAUUCUAUUUCAAAGAUAAAGAACAUACCUGGUUCAAAUCAGCCUUUGUACAAUCAGUCAGUUUGUACAAUUUGUGUGUUUGCUUACAGAUUUAAAAUGAGAAGUAUUGUGGAGCCUGCUUCCUCAGACUGGUUAUGGACUUUAGCUCUUACCUUUAAUUGUAGUGGGAAUGUUCCAAUCCUGUGUAGUUUGUCUGUGGGAUUUUGAGUUACGCUCUCUGGCAUUUCAUUCAGGUGACCUCAGCAGCCAAGCAGGAUGAAGUUGGAACAAAAAUCCUAAGUUAUCCAAAACGGCUCCACCACUACUCACUGAUGUAAAGUCAAAUGUUGAAAGUUGAGGCCGACAGGAUUCUGUUUCGGUGUUUGCAGAGGUUAAGGUGAAGGCCAAAGUCCUCCUUCUGUAGAUGGUAUAAAGGGCUUACCUUGGGAAGGGGAUCUCCACACUUGUAGCAAUGCAGGAAGUUUGUGCUAUUUUGAAAAUGAAAAUUCUCUCAAAUUCAUCAUUAUGAAUUACUGAUUGCAUAAAGAACUUUAACAGGUAAUAUUUCUAAGCUCAUUGGUGAAUGUAAUACACUGGCGCUACUCAAAUAUUGUUUAGACAAAACACUCCUGCAACAGAAGGAGAUAGCAUCCACUUUCUACAUUGUACUGAAAGCACAGAUACAGGCAUUUUCCAGUGAAGCUGGUUGUCAAAAACAAAAACAGCAAUAACCACACCAACAGCGAUUGCUGUCUCUUGCCUCUUUAACGGUGUGUGUGUGUUGCAGGGUUGUGUUAACAGCCAAAAGUCUGAAAUGUGCCUCUACACAUCGAGUGUUUUCAAGCAGGCUUACUGGCAUUAUUAAAAGAUAAUCCUUUCUAAUAUUCUUGUGUUCCCUGAA